GCAAACAGCUUUUUAUAAAAGCUCUAAUUCAGAAAACUCUACUUCCAACAGCUCUACUUGUAAAAGCUCUACUGCCAACAGUUUUCCCAAACUACGUCUUAUUCUAACUCAUCGGAUAUCCAAAGCAACAAGGCAAACCCGGACCCAUUUAGGUUUCGCUGGAGCCCGACCCUAAGUCCAACCAUCUCCUCUCUUCCAUCCUAGCUUCCUCUCACCUCCUCGGCUUCUUCCUCCUUGUUGCUUCACCGUCCGGGAGAUUCCUUGGGGCGCUUAAACCAUAAGGCUGUCUAAUUGUAGCUCCACCGUUCCGUUCGAAAGAGAGCGCACCGUUCCGAAAACAGAACCCUCCCAACCCCUCCAAACCAUAAUCCUCAUCGGAGAGAUCGGUCCGCCCCCGAUCGCCGCCGCCGCCGCCGCGAUGGAGGUGAAGCUUUGGAACGACAAGCGGGAACGCGAGAUGCUCGACAGCUUCGCGGAUAUCUACGCCAUCAUCAAGACGACGGAGAAGCUGGAGUGCCUCCAGCUUAUCGCCCAGCUUAAGACCCUCUCCUUCUCCCUUCGUGACGUGGUCCCCUCCAUCGACCGCUUUGCCGACGCCUACAAGAUGGACCGCCACGCCGCCCUCAACCGCCUCCUCAUCUCCGGUGUCCCCGCCACCGUCGAGCACCGCGCCCCCUCCGCCGCCGAGUGCGUCCAGCACUUCAUCACCGCCAUGGACUCCCUCAAGCACAACAUGAUCCUGCCGCUGGACUUCGAGGGGAGAGUCAAGGUCAGGGGAGGCAGCUCCACUUUGAUCUUGAAUCCUCUUACAACGCAUUCAUGGCCGCCCUGCCAAUGUAUGAAAUGAUGAUUUAUCAAAGCAACAGUUGCAAAGUUAUAAAUACCUUUUAUGGUUUGCUGCCAGCGCAUUUAUUUGAAUUAAUAAAGCUAUUAACGCAUCCUAAAUCUAAAUCAAUUCAUGUAUCUAUUUUCCAUAACCUUUAUGAAUAUAAUCCCAGAGAAUGGCUGGCUAAUCUAUGUCCAUUAUAGUUUCAGUUCGUAGUAUCACACCCAAAUGUUUUACAACAAUAAAAGUUAAAAACAAAAAAGUUGACAAUUGUUACAGGGAAGUCAAGCACUGUGUGUAGCAGUCAGCAUUCACAAAGUGAAACAAUACCAACACCGGCUUUGAGCCACCCAACUGAUACUUCAUAUACAAAUAACAGCACCCACUGCUCUACGCUUGCCUCUUACUGCUUUCUUUGAAAGCAUAAAUAUUUCCCCUAGCCCAGGGCCACACAUUUGAUGCAAACCUAAUCAUUAAAUAGAAUACAAUCCAUCUGAUGAACCGGGUCAUGUAUUUCUUACCUUAACGGCACUGGCACCUGUGAAUCACCAGAUCUCAAAGCUGUUACCAAGAUCCAUUACAUACACAGAUCAAAGGCUAAUGUAAAUACACAAAAUACUUGCACAUAAUAAAGUCAAUAAAAAGGAGACAACAAUGUUGCAAGGCUACAAUCCUUGUAAGGUUCACCUAUGAGCACUGUAAACACCCAUCGGGUAACUCAUCCCUCAUUGUUACAAAUUCCAUUUCUAUCUGCGAACUGGCAUCUGGAGUUACCAUCAACCUUGCAGGCUGAGGUAAAGAACUUCUCGAAUUAGCUAAUCAUAUUCCUCUGCUGUCAAGACAAGAAACCACAAAAUGAGGGAAAAGAAAAUGUAUGUCUCAGGAUCAGCGUCCUGACCAACUUAUAGAGCUUAACAUAUACACACAUGGCUCUUUGGCCUGAAUUGGAGGAUGGUUUGAACAAAGCUAUGGUGGCAAUGGCUUUGAUGAGCAGAAUAAUGGUGAGAUUUGAUAAGCAACGCCCGCUCAAAAAAAAUGAAG